CGAAUUUCACGGCAUUGUAAACCACUUUGCCAGCUUCCAGGUCUGUUAGAUUUCAGCUGCUAAUUUUGAUUUUUCCAGGUGUGUUCGGCCAGGAUCAAGGGAUUAAGCGCUGAUGCAAUCUUCAGAUCUGGAAAAUCAAGUGGUCUGACCGAAGAAUGGGAAAGCUCACAGUGGCAUUAAAGUUUCUCGUAGUUUCAGGGUUAUGGCAAACGGGACAGGUAGUUGGUUUUCAACCGAGAGGAAGGACCAGUUUCUUUCAAAGAGGAGAAAAUUCAUUCGAGGCUCGGCAUAGCCUUGCUUUCUUCCCAGCUUGUGCCGAUGCUUAUGUUUCUGGUAUGAGCAGCAUGCAAGUCAGUGAUAUGAGAUAAAAAUACCUUGAGCAUAACACGGAUAACAAUACCACAAAGGAAUUAAAAAGGUUUGCGCAACAAUUGCAUAGACGAAACAAGUUAGUGCAAUGCUGUCGGGAAUCAUUUGAAAAUUGCAACAAGAAGAAGAGAGUGCAGAAUAAUACAGCAAAUUGACCUGGAUCAAAGAGUAUUCCAAUGCAAACUAAUAGAAUGAAGCUCUAGCAAUCUUGUAGCCUGUCAUGGCGCAGCUUGGUACUCCCAAGAGAGCACUGAUGCUCUCAAUGGGAUUGGUUUUGUACGUAAUACUAAUCAGUUUGCUGAUGUUUUACAUGGAAGAGUGCAGCAUCGAAACACAGACCGGAAGUGACGUAGUUGUAAAGAGGAACGAAGAGAUAAAGAAACAUUGCUAUUCCAUACACGAAUCAUUUCAAGAGAAAGACAUUAACAUGGAAGGUCAAGGGAAACAAGCCAAUGCCUCCAUUGAAGGUUGUCUUCUCAUUGUUGGCAAGCUUCUAAAGUCUAAUUACAAAGUUGAAGGAGCCAAUUGUCGUUUCAACACGAUAAAUUUCUUCCCGUGGGUUCAUUGUAUCACAUUUUCCUUGCUAACGAUCGGGGGCUCAAAAAUGCCAGUUACUGUUGGCGGUCAGUUGCUAUUGACCCUUUCCACGAUAUUUGGAAUAUUUCCAGUUGUGAAAUUAUUCAUUCAUGUUGGAAUCAUUGUCUCUUCGGCAUUAGAACGAAUCCUCCUUGCUUUUGAGCUGCAAAUUCUCAACAGAAGUCCGCGUAUGAUCCACAGUAUUUUCAAAAAGCUUCUUGUCUUCAAUACCCUGCUACUCGUUUCAUAUAAUGUCAUUUUGGCCUGGAUUACAAGUAGGUCAUUCUAUGGGACAAAAUGGACAUUUUCAGAGUCAAUAGUAUUUUGGAUCCAAGGGCUGCUUACAAACGGCCAGCCUAUUGAUAACGAGGUUACCACCUAUCUGUAUCAAGAUGGAGGCUGGCGAAUAAUGUCUAUCGUCUUGGGUAUGCUUGGGAACAUGAUCCUGUCCUCAAGCUUUGCAUGCAUCCUCGUUUCUAAAAUGCACAAGAAGGUGUGCGAGGCUUCAAAAACAAUCAAGGAGUCGUUCAAAAGACAGAACCCUGAGAUUUACUUGCAGAUCAAGCCAUUGAAAACUCAUUUAUAAAUUAUAGAUGAAGAUGGAUUAUCAUGGAAAUGCACACAGUCCUCAGAUACCUCAAGCUAUAUGUACCAUGCAACAAUAUUCUAUGUUAUCGCAUAAUAAAUGUUUAUUAGGAGCUUUAUGUAUCUUCUUUAGUAAAUACAGUUGUUCAUAUAUCGUAAAAGAAAUCAUAAAUGUGUUAAAAAGUCUGAUCAAAAAAGCUUUCUCUGAAGAUUUAGAUGAAUAUUAGUUUUUGGGCAUUUUAGAUUCUAGCCUCAAUGAUUUACAUAAUUUUCAUCACUAUAGAAAUUUCAUGUCGCUAUGGUUUGGAAUACGCCACUUGGUUCCAAGUUUAAAUAAUUUGUGAAAGAAGACCUGCACAAGAAGAUAAAAAUAUAUCAAAUUUCAGUGUCAUUUACACAGAUUUUGCCUACAUAUAAGUGAAGUCAUCCCAUGCUUUCUCCGUAUAACCUACUAGCUAACGCUAACAGAUAUUAACUACGGGUGUGUAAAUAAAUUCAUGGAUAAUAAAGAACCUCUGUAUUGUAUUAGCUAUUUUUCUUUCUAAUAUAUAGAUAACUGUAAAGCCAUUCUUUCGUUGUAUUUAUGUUAUCUUACUCGUUUAAACUGUAAAUAGAUCAACUAUUGUCAACCGUAAGAAUCUAAUUGGAAAACUAGUACAAACUAUGAUUGACUCAUAAUGAAAAUACUGGAGAUUUCAUCACUAUUUGCUGUCUAUUGUAAACAAUGCUACAGUUUCUAGUUGAUUGACUAACCUUCUUGUUAACACUG